CGCCAAAAUACCAUUCAGUAAAAGGUUGUUUACUAACCGUAGCUAAAUUGUUGUUUACAAAUUGGAAAGACGCGAACUAAAUGGAAGCCGAACUGCAACAGCAAUUUGAUGAAAUGGGCAUAGAGCCCAGUGCCCCAGUCUUGGAGAAAUGCAUGGAACUCGCUCUCACCUACAGCAUUAACGAUGCUACAGAAUUCGUGGAGCAAUGGAUGGCGUUCAGUUUGUCCCACCUUAAUGGAGAUGAACCGACGAACGAAAAUCUUGGCGAGUUCGAACGUAAGGUGCUUCAAGUGAAGCGUGAAAAAGUCGGCAACAAGAAGACAACACACUACACCAAAUCCCAGCCUGCUGCGUUGGAAGCCAGCUCUCUAGCCACCUACGGCUUGAUAGAAGAUGAUCCCAUGAUGGACGAGUAUGUGGGAAAAUCUGGCUCCCCACAGCCGAAAACUCCAAAAGCGCUAAAUAAGCAGAGUCGGUUGAAGAGUGGUGCAGCCUUCAGCCCGGCCAGCUUUACGCCACAAUCUGCAAAGAGAACUCCAGCUGCAGAUAUAACAACGACGAAUGGCAAACCUGGUGAUAUUGUGGACUCCUUUGGUCAUCCCAAGCUUAUAGCCGCCUGCACGUGGCAGUCAAAGAUCGAGCAAACGCUACCCGUAGUCCAGAAAUUGCUUCACAAUGAUGCACCAUUGACGAUCUCUAAUCUGAGGUACAUGAACGACCUGCUCUAUGACAGAUGCGAUGAACUGCACGAUCGUAUCGUCGAUAUUGGCCAGGCCUUGGUGGAGAAAAAGCUGGGCAGCACUGGUGCCGCCGAGUGCAGCUGGUAUCCGCAGGAUAGACACACGCUGGACGCACUCCACGUACUCCAUGCCGUGGGCAUGAUACAUUCCGACGAUGACGGGCCACUGGAUGCGCACUCCGCUUUGCUAGCCGUGCUCAAUACGGACGAGAAGUGUCUGGCCCUCAACUUUUCGCAAAUCAAGUCGGCUAGCAUAUUCCCCGGCCAGGUGGUGCUAGCCAAAGGAUUUAUACCACGUGGUGACACUUUUGUGGUGGAAGAGAUCUACACAGAUCGAAAACUGACGCCGCCACCGCCACUGAAAGUGGAUCGCGAUGUGCACUUUGUGGUUGCUGCUGGACCGUAUACCCACAGCACGGAUCUGUUCUACGACCCGAUGCACCAGCUGCUCAAGUAUCUCCAGGAGCACAGACCCGACGUGCUGCUGCUGACGGGUCCCUUCCUAGAUGCCGAGCACAAGCUGGUCGUCGAGCUGGCCGAGACCUUCGAGUCGUUCUUUGAGAAGAUGAUUGCGGGCAUCAUGGAGGCAGUGGGCACCAGCACCACAGUGCUGCUGGUCAGCAGCCAGAAGGAUGCAAUGACUCCAGCGGUUUAUCCCACACCCUCGCCAUUGAUACGCAAAACAUAUCCCAAUUUGCAUAUGCUACCCGAUCCCUCGCUGGUCGAUCUGGAUGGCAUCACGCUGGGCGUCAGCUCCACGGACGUGAUAGACCAUCUGCUAAGCCAAGAGUUUGCCGCCAACGCAGGCGAGCGCAUGCAUCGCGCCAUCAAUCAUCUGUUCAAUCAGGGCACCUUCUAUCCGAUCUGCCCGCCGGCCGAUGAGAACAUGUCCUACGACUCGCAGCUGGCCCAGAAAUAUGCACAGCUCAAGCAGUUGCCCAACGUGCUCAUCCUGCCCAGUGAUCAACGGCAUUUCAUACGACUGGUCAAUGAUUGUCUGGUCAUCAAUCCAGGACGCUUGGCCGACAAUAAAGGCGGCACCUUUGCCCGUUUCCUGGUCACGCCCACUGCGCCCACGGCCACAUCCAAUGCGAAUAUGUUUAACAGUGUCGCGUGUCAAAUUCAGAGCAUUUAAAGUUAAUAAAAUUCGAACUUUACAAAA